GUGUGCUGUACUUCCAGCUUAUCAAAGCAGCGCCUACGACCACGGACUAAAACUGGCUCACGGCGACGCAUCAUCGUGUUGGUGACCAUGUUUUCGAGAGCCCUCCCUCGUGCUGCGAAUGCCGCCGGCGGCCCCUGCGCAGCCACGUCUCGACGGCCCCUCGCCGCAUCCGUUCUCUCGGUUGCCAGGCCCCCUGGCGUCAGCAGCAGCGCUUCAGCAGCAGCAAGGCGUGCUGCUACGGGUCGAGUGCGAAUGUGGGUUGCGAGCCUGAGCACUGCUGCUGAUGUGGGAAAGGAGCAGUCGCCUCUUGCGGCGCGGACUGGUGGACAAGGGGUGUGGCAUCCGCACGCUUUCGCGGGGCGGGGACAAAGAGGCUUGUGCCCCUUGGCAGGCGUUCGUUCUCUUAGCACCAAGGCCAAGGAAGACGAGGAGGAUAAGGAUGAGGAGGGCGGAGGGGCAGGGGGAGAAGGGGAGAGCAAUAGCGAGAGCGAGGGGGAGGAGGAGGACCAGGAGAGGUUAGUGGAGAAGCUCCUGAAGACGGAGAAGCAGCUUGCGGACAACAAGGAGAAGACUGUUGUGCCACGAUAGGGGUGGUUCCUGCCCUGCCGGACACACAUGUUUUGCUUAAUAAGUUAACUGGACGGGACACACAUGCUGCACCUUGUUGCUGUACCCACCUCAGCGCACGUACACACUUGCACAACCUGACUUAAACCCUUCAAAUGAAUAUUGCAAAGGAUGCACCUCAUAGAUGUCCAAUAUUUUGUUGGCAAGAAUGCCGUGGCGCUGGCCUUAAACGGAUUCCACCAUUUCGCGCAACCUCAACAUCACACCUCGACAGCGAAAGCAAACCACUGAUCAUGAAGCCCAUGGAUUUUGGGCGGUAACACUUAUGCGAAGCUCCUGCUGGCACAACCUAUUGGUGAAGGAGGAACUAGAUCUGUCUCCUCCUCACCCUCCUUCGAUGUAGCCAGAACAAGCAAAAA